AUUCUACCCAGUCAGAGAAAGCGACGCAGACGUGCCAAUCAGCAGCGAGUGGGCAGUCUUGCUGGUUGCACCUCCAGCCCCACUCCCAGUCCCGAGUGCACGGCAGAUACUGCGGUGUGCGCUGAAGGUAGGCCGAGUGACUCCGAGGGCCCUGCAGAUGAGGACUACGACGAGGACGAGGAGGAGGACUGCGAGAAUGGCUGGCUCCAGGAGAACAGUGAUUUCUUUAUGCGUCGAGGCAUCCAGAAGAUCUGGGAUUCAUAUGCGAUGCGCGACGUCCGAGCCCAUUCCGAAGCCCUUGACAACAGCGGACGGAGACGUUCUCAAUGUAAUCGAACUAUGCACAGAGUGGAGAGCGUAACAAGCGGACGUGUCCUGGGGGCCACUGCCGGCAGCGCCUCAGGUCUGAGGAUAGAGGCGGAUUUUGAGGUCAAGGAUCAGGAAGACCAUGAGACCCUGUCGAGCAAACGACUUCGCCGGAAACAGUACAUCUGUCUAAGCCUAAUCAUUUUCUUCUCAAUUGCCCUCUUUGGGUCUGCUCUAGGAGCCUGUAUCUACCUAUUCUCCUAA